AUGUUACCUCCCAAAGCCAAAUUCGUCCGCGAGUUCGAGCGCAACAAUACAAACAACAACCUCACACGCAAACCCACAUCUCCAUCCACAACACCAUCCUCCAAAAUCUUCACCCACAACCUAAACUACACCUUCACGGCCCCCUCAGUCCCAGACAUGACCUACUUCGCUCGCAUCCUCCACUACCAGCGCUACGGCCACGACGGCCUCGCCUGCUCCGGCGCGUGCUCGAGUAAUUUCACGCUGCCCUUGUACGAGAAGCAGGGGUACAUGUCGCCUUACCAAGUACGAUACACGGAGCGCCCCGGCUCGCGGGGCUCGGUGAAGAGUGAUAAGUCCUUUGAUGUCGCGGGCUACCGGCGGCAGCUGGCAGCUGCGGGGGUGAGGAAGAGAAAGUGGAAUACGUUUUGGGCUGUCAUUCUUGCGUUGUUGAUUAUUAUUUUUGGGGCGGGUGUUUUGGCUUUUGUGUUGUUGUCGAUUCGGUUGGGAUGA